CCACUUGCUUCUUAAAAUUAGACUUAAUAAUUGAAAGCCCUUUGCGUAUUUUCAAUAUUGAAUUGGGCAUCACAGACAUCAAUGAUAACGCUCCUCAUUUCCGACGAGACAGGAUUGAAUUAGAUGUCUCAGAGUCCGCAUCACCAGGGAGAAAGAUUCUCUUUGCCCAAUGCGUUUGACCCAGACGUUGGUGCCAAUACAGUCAAGACCUAUACAUUAAGUGAAAGUGAACAUUUCACUGUUGAUAUACAUUCUGGUAGCGAUGGUACAAAAUACGUCGAUUUGGUCCUCACGAAGGCUCUAGACAGGGAAGAGAAGGCUGUUCACAAUCUGAUACUCACUGCAGUUGAUGGCGGAGUCCCUGCGCGCUCUGGCACAGCUAAUAUUAUUGUGCGCGUGCAAGAUACAAAUGACAACGCCCCUCAGUUUGACCAGGCAGUUUACUCUCUGAAUAUGAGCGAAAAUUCUCCAGCUGGCACUGUUGUUAUUAAAUUAAAUGCUACCGAUGCUGAUGAAGGCCCAAACGCUGACCUCACAUACUCAUUUACGCUUUAUACUUCUGAGAAAACGCAGGAGAUGUUCUCGUUGAAUUCAAAUACUGGCGAAAUAACAGUUAAGGGCACAGUUGAUUAUGAAGAUAUGAAAAUAUUUGAGAUGUUCGUUGAGGCUAAAGACAAUGGUCCUGUUCCACUCUCCGGUCAAUGCAGAGUGACUGUGUAUGUUAAAGAUAUGAACGAUAACUAUCCCGAGAUAACCAUAAAAUCCCUUAAGAACACCGUGGACGAAAACAUCGCAGUCGGCACUGUUAUAGCUCUGGUGGGUGUCAGUGACAGAGACACGGGGGAUAACGGUAAGGUAAAUCUUGCAAUGAACAAGUCCUUACCGUUUAUUUUAAACAAGUCCUCUGACUACCUCUAUGAGUUACUGGUGUCAGAACCGUUAGAUCGAGAAAAGGUCCCUGAAUAUGAGAUCAUGCUGGUUGUGACCGAUGAAGGGAAUCCUCCCCUAUCUGACAAUGAAACUGUAACAGUGCAUUUACUAGAUGUCAAUGAUAACGCACCGCAGUUCCCACAGACAUUCUACACGAUACCUGUGAAGGAGAAUAACGCACCUGGAGCUUUAUUGAGCUCUUUAACUGCUAUAGAUCCAGAUCUCAAUGAAAAUCAGUAUCUAGUUUAUUUUAUAAUAGAGAAGGAAAUAGCGAACACCUCCAUGUCCAUGCUGUUCUCCAUUAACCCAGAGAACGGUAACCUUUACGCGCUAAAGACGUUUGACUAUGAGAUAGAGAAGGAGUUUCUUUUCCACAUCGAGGCCAGAGACUCUGGUGUUCCUCCGCUCAGCAGUAACGUGACCGUUCACAUUAUUAUCAUGGAUCAGAACGACAACACACCGCUUAUAGUGUCUCCAUGGCGCGCGCACGGCUCGGAGGUGAAGGAAAAGAUCCCGAGAUCCACCGAUAAAGGAACUCUGAUAGCCAAAGUCAUCGCCAUAGACUCUGAUUCAGUGCACAACUCUCGAAUCACGUACCAGUUCCUCCAGAACACCGACGCCACAUUAUUCAGCUUGGACCAAUACAACGGAGAGAUCCGGACCAUGAGAAUGUUCAGUUACAGAGACUCGCGAGACCAGCGGCUGGUGGUGAUCGCCAAGGACAACGGAGAGCCCGCGCUCUCUGCUACAGUCACCAUCAAACUGUCCACGGUGGAGACCGCCCUUAAAACCUACACUGAGGUGCCUUUGGAAUAUGACAUCUUCUCCGAUUUGAACCUGUAUCUGGUGAUCGGACUGGGCUCUGUGUCAUUUCUUUUACUCAUCACAAUACUGGUCACCAUCGUGCUGAAGUGUCAGAAAGCGAAGCCCAGCAAAGCGGCUCCUCCGUGCAGGAACAGUGUGAUCAGCGAGAGGAACUCGACCAUCGCGGAUUCCACUCUGGUCUCCAACGAUGCCUACUGGUACAGUUUAUUUCUAGCAGAGACGAGGAAAGGAAAGCUGGUGGUCAGACAGCCUGUGCCAAAGGGAGCGAGAUACAUCGUGUCCAGUAUACCGAGGAGCACAGGACUGACCGAGACCAGCGACUCAGCUGCAUCUACUCUACAGGUACGUUUUAGUAUUUCUGAUCAUCUUUUCCGUAUCAAACUCAGCAUUUGCUGUUACUCACUACUCUAUUCCCGAGGAAAUGGAGGUGGGAUCUGUUGUUGCAAAUUUAGCCGCUGAUCUGGGUUUGGAUGUACAGAGUCUGACAAAACGCAAAAUGCGCUUAGAUGUGAUAGCAAAUAAAAAAUAUCUGGAUAUAAAUAAAGAAACAGGAGAGCUGUUUAUCGUCGAAAGAAUAGACAGAGAAUAUCU